AUGUCGUCUAGAUUGUCAACUGGGGUCAACCAUGAUAUCCCUCCUGGCAACUUUUUGGCUGAGGCACAAGCCAUCUUGAGUGAUUCUAACAUCCCUAUGGACAUAAUCAAAGAGGCCAUCUCAGCUCAGUUUGCUACCUGUGAGAAGCACCGCAACCUCCUAAUGUCAAAGAUGUGGGAGCUUGAAGAAAUCAAUUGGUGGAAGAGGUUUCAGAAACACACCAUUGCUACCUUGCAGAGGGAGCACAGAGUUGCUCAGUCAGGGUUGAAACUAUGGUUAGAUUUAGCACAGAAACAGAUUUCAAGAGAUUCGGCCGAUACCAUCCAGACCUACUGCAGAGAACAGGAGGCCCUCACCGCUGUACAAACAGACCUUGUUAACUUGGAAGGACUUGCUUCUUCCCGGGGGAUGGCUGAUGGAGAUUUGAUUCAAGAAGGCAUGGACGAUAACGAUGACGACGACGAAGAUUCCGCCAUGUCAGACAAUGGCAGUAUUGGAGAAUAUGAAUAUUGUGAAUACGUGCGUAGUAAAUUAUUCAAGUUCGCGCAUGUGAUUGAAGUCGCGCUGAUAGCCAUGCCUCAUGAUAUGGCAUCCCUUCCCUCCACCAUGCCCUCCAAGGCUACUGCGAAAAAACGAUGUCCCCCGCGAAAAAAUGCAAAAGUAAUAAAAAAACCAGGGCAUAAAUCAGACCUCAAUCCUUCCCUCCAACCGGACAGCACCCAACUUGGACUUCAAGAAGAAUAUACCCAGCCCCCGCUUUUGUACAACGACCUCUCAAUGAUGGAACAAUACAAUGACAAUGAGGGAGAGGAGGAGGAGGAGGAGGAGGAGGAGGAGGAGGAGGAGGAAGCGCGAAAUGAUCAGCGCGGGUCCUACCAGGAGGACCACCAACCACUUCCAUACGACAAUCUCCCUCAGCCCCACUAUGGGGACCCUGGUGCUCCUCAGCACUACCAACCCCUUCCAUAUUACCCUCAGCCAGACCACGACCCCGUUCCUCAACAUUAUCAACCCCUUCCCUAUUACCCUCCGCCACAAAUGCCGUAUGAUUAUCUGCCACCUUCCAGUCCCCCUCGUGACCCGUGCUUUGACAACAAACUUAGUGUGCCAUCAUCCAGCCGGCAACCUGCUCCCCCCCCCCAUCACCAGACACGUAUGACUAUCUACCAAAUGUACCAACAUUUGAAGAUCUCGUACCUCCUGGAAUCCAGGAACUCGAGCACACUACACGCUCAAGGUUCAGAGGUCUUGAUCGAAUGUGAGGAGAACACCUCGAGUGCCAACGGGCUCGUUGUGCAGCCCAACAGAGAGCCAACGAGGGCAACUCAUUACAACUGGCAUCAUCAGGCCUACAAGCGAAGUAUCUAUUACAGUGCCGAUUCCAUCCCGAUGACAACUACCAGCACCCAUUACACCAUCCAGCCCUCAGCCUAA